GCUCCGGGGCGAGGAGCGGGGGGCGAGGGUCGGACCCCGCGGCGGCUCCGGGCGAGGCGAGGGUCGGACCCCGCGGCGGCUCCGGGCGAGGCGAGGGUCGGACCCCGCGGCGGCUCCGGGCGAGGCGAGGGUCGGACCCCGCGGCGGCUCCGGGCGAGGCGAGGGUCGGACCCCGCGGCGGCUCCGGGCGAGGCGAGGGUCGGACCCCGCGGCGGCCGAGGCCGCGAGCAUGGAGCGCGUCGCCGAGCCCAAGCCGCGCACGCUGGCCGAGCUGGUGCGCGCGCUGCACCGGCUCUUCGCGGGCGACGAGGUGGACGUGGAGGAGGUGCGGGCCGUGCUGGAGGCCUACGAGGGCGACCCCGCCGAGUGGGCGCCCUACGCCGCCUUCGACCAGUACAGGUAUACCCGAAAUCUUGUGGACCAAGGAAAUGGGAAAUUUAAUCUGAUGAUUCUGUGUUGGGGUGAAGGGCACGGAAGCAGUAUCCAUGACCACACGGACUCCCACUGCUUCCUGAAGAUGCUGCAGGGAAGCCUGAAGGAGACGUUAUUUGCCUGGCCUGACAAGAAGUCCAACGAGAUGACCAAGAAGUCCGAGAGAACUCUGAAGGAGAACCAGUGUGCCUACAUCAAUGACUCGAUCGGCCUCCACCGCGUGGAGAACGUCAGCCACACCGAGCCCGCCGUGAGCCUCCACCUGUACAGCCCGCCCUUCGACACCUGCCACGCCUUUGACCAAAGAACGGGACACAAAAACAAAGUCACCAUGACCUUCCACAGCAAAUUUGGAGUCAGGACUCCCUUCCCAACUUCGGGUUCCCUGGAGAACAACUAAAAGGGAUCGGAUGCUGCGAGCUUUCCCGUGCAGGCUUGCUGAACAUCUGCUGGAGGGGGAAGACCUCCAGCCAUUGGCUGUCUGUUAAUCAGUUCAUUUAAAUAAGCCAAUACUUAGAUCCAGUACAAGGCAGGUGCUAAUGGAAGGUACUAAGUAAGCAAAUGGCGCCUGUUACACUAAGGACAAAAGUCUUGGAUUUUAAAACACCCCUGCCGCCCUCCCCCCCCCCCAUCCGUCUCCCACAUGUGUGAGUGUGUGUGUGCGUGCGUGCGUGCACACACACACAUACACACUCAUAGACAGUGUCUCUCCUGGUUCUGUUGUUAAGUUCUAUUGGAACUAUAUCGGGGAUUUCAAUGAACUGUAAUUAGCAAUAAGUAAAAACAGAAACCCACAGACAUCAAAUGCCUGUUUGGAUACCUGGAGGACUACAUGUCUUUAAUAUUCUUUGUAUGUUCUUAAUAUUUGAAUGUUUGAUUUUUUUUUUGCAUCUGUGCAUUUUUUAAAAGCUUUUUUUUCCCAACCUUACUUUACAAGUCCCUCCACUAUGAUGAGUGGAGAAAUUUAGGGUAAUUUGCUACUUGGUGGCAAAGAGGACUGAGAAAUGUAUGCAGAACUAAACCUCCUGCAAACCAAAAUAUAAACCCACAUCUAAGACACCUUCCACCAUCACGGCCAGAGACUGUUGAAUGCUGCCAAAAUUGCCAAAUACAUGCUCUUAAUAAACCUGGAUUUGAGCACAA